UGGAACAUAGAGUAAGUUCUGACUCAUUAUAGGACACUAAUCCUCAACUGAUGCCACAGGCUAAUUAAAUUUCAGAAUCGUAAGUAGAGGUUCACUAAAAUACAUUAUUAACACCACUACGAGUAACAACGGAAGUAGAGAACAGAGGCAUUGUGAACUAAAAGUACUCCAUCGACAAGUUUUUGUACUGGAUAUUAUAAAGAAAACAAGUUUAUGUAGGAGCAGCAGCAAUAUUGUAACGUGUAAAAGAAAAUCCCCAGACUCGAUUGGCUCUAACAAAUCAACAGAGAAGUAAUGUUCUGAUUCUGCAAAUAUAGAGCAAGAACCGAACCGGCCAGCAUCAAUCUGUUAGUUUGAUCUCGUCCGGCUCGGUCCAACGACCGAGUCGGAGUCCUUGAUUCGCGCCCUGAUCGGGGCGCACAACCGGAUAUGGUUGACGGGCCCCCGCUAUAAAAAGAGAGGUGGGGUCGGGGGCACACACGCCAAAGAACGCCAGACCCACCGACACAACCCUAGACCCGAUCUAACUUGCGCUGUCAGCGGCGGGAAGCUCCGCCGACACCUCGCCGUGCCGCCGCCGCCCUCGUCGUCAACGCCACCGUCACCUUCACCGCCAUGGCGAGCACAAGCACCAAGACCGAUGGCAAUAUUUUUAGUUAUAUCUCAUCCAUAGAGCCUCUCAAUGGAGGGAAUUAUGGCUCAUGGCGAGAGAAGAUUGAGAUAGCGCUUGCGCUGUCGGACAUUGAUCUAGCACUGACUGAUCCCUGUCCCAUAGCUCCUGAGCACCCCGUGAGGGGUGAAAAUGAGAGCGAAGAAGAUUUUAAUGUUAAAGUGUGUGAUCAUGCACCAACUAGAAUGCAGUACGACCUUGAUCGUGCGAAGUGGGACCAAUCAAACAGAAAGUGCAUGAUGGUGAUUAAGAUCUCCAUUUCGGAGGCUAUAAGGGGAGCAAUCCCAGAGUGUACCACCGCUAGAGAGUACCUUAGAAAGGUGGAGAGUCUGUUUACUAGCUCUUCAAAGGCUUAUGCAAGUACUCUUAUUAAGAGGCUUGUUACUGAAAAGUAUACUGGUGGUGGAAUAAGGAAACACAUAUUGAGAAUGAGCAACAUGGCUUCCAAGCUCAAGGCUAUGGAUAUGGAGUUCAAAGAUGAGUUUGUACUCUAUUUGAUCUUUGCCUCCCUACCCAAGGAGUUUGAGGCUUUUGUUGUUAAUUACAACUCACAUCCAGAAAAGUGGGGUAUUGAGAAGCUGAUUUCCAUGUGUGUGCAAGAAGAGGAUAGAAUAAAAGACGCAUGUGGUGAUUCUAUCAACUACGUGAAGCAGAAUAAGAAGAGGAAUUAUCAAAGCAGUAAUUUUAAGCCACAAGGGAAACUUCAGUGGGAUAAUACCUCUUCUUCUAAGGCACAUGGAAAGGCUCCACUAAAUGAUCACCAUCAAAGAUUAAACCAUGAAGAGGUGGUGGACAAGGACACUUGCAAGUGGUGCAAGAAAAAGGGACACUACCAGAAGGAUUGUGUAGAAUUCCUAAGAUUUCUAUGUAAGAAAGGGAUUCCAUACGAGGAGGACCCUGCAAAGAGGAGAAAGAAGCAUUAAAAUAGCAAAUGGUGUCGAAGCUGAAGUCGAAGCCAUAGAGAACUCCCAUUAGAAUUAGUAGAUAGUUUUGUACUUCAUCUAAGAGAUAUUCUCUAUGUACCCUUUUUGCGUAGAAAUUUAAUAAGUGCAUCGCACUUAGACAAUGAUGGUUUUGCUUGUCACUUCAAUUAUGGACAAUGUAAAAUCAAGUUUAAUAAUAAGUGUGUUGGU